AUGCUUCAUGCAGAAAGACGCGCCCUCGUUCCCAGCGUGACCCUGCUUUCUUUGUUGAAAAGAGAUCAGACCAAGAAUCGCAUUGUUAAUUCUUCCCUUAUUAUCUCGAACGGUUUCAUCGCCGAUUUUCCUUGCGAGCACUGCCGUCGAAACGAUUAUAUUUAUAUGAUAAGCGAGGAUAAAGCAAAGUGUGCCGCCUGUACCCGUCGUGGUCGGCCAUGUGAACGUCGGUUUCACAGUAAAAAAGAGUGGAAUGAUUUGAAAAACGCCGAGGAUAAAGUCAAAUCCGAACUCGAAGAAGCAGAAACCGAAUUAGAGAAGGUUUUUAUGGCUCAACAAGAAUUGUUUGCCAAAGUUCGUCGUUUGCGAAAACAAAAGGAUUUCCUUAAGGAACGUGGUAUGAGCAUGCGGUCUCAUAAUCAAAAAGUGUUGGAGAUUCUAGAUUCCAAGAAUCCUCCGACCGAUGCUGAGGUGGCCGUUAUUGAUGCUGAGAUUAUGUUCCCAGGUGCUUUCUUUGGAACUGUAUCCUUUCCAUUUUAUGAGGUUUCUUCUUCGAUUGUGAUUUCUUUCUGCGUCUUAGCGUUCCGUGGUGCUGGUUCCAAUAAUGAGACAUGA